AUGAACUCUUUCAUGCUCACAGCUGCUUUUCUCCCUGCCUUGAUCCUUGCCUUUCCUCAAAUUGAAAACAUCAAGCGGGCUCCCAACGGCACUGGCGACCCGUCUCCGCCACCCCCAGUCAACACCGGCGCGGUUUGUACUCCCGCCAAGUAUCAGUGUCGCCAGAACACAGACAACACCUGGGGCUGGGAUGUUUGCGAUACCUCCUCGAAGUGGGUAAACGGCGGAAAUUGCGCUGCUACCGAAAUCUGUAUCUUCAAUUCCAUUAACGGUUCACCAUAUUGCGUCCCAAAACCCCCCACCGUCCCACCCAGCAAUACCGGACAACAGUGUUUCCCUGGGAAGUACCAGUGCAAAUACGACGCCUCCAAAGGCUGGAGUAUUGAAACGUGCAGUUCGGCUGGCAGUUGGGUUCACACUCUCGACUGUGCUGCUUCCGAAACUUGCACAUAUAGUCCUGUUGCUGGAUAUCCUUACUGUACGCCAAAGACUGACGGCCGCGUCUGUGCCCCCGGAACCUAUCAGUGUAGCUUUCUACAAUCUGAUGGCGGUUGGGGCUGGGAUGUGUGCUCUACCGAGGGUAAAUGGGUGAGGGGCGGAGCUUGUAAGGCGGGCGAGACUUGCUCAUUCAAUCCUAUCAAUGGCUCUCCUUACUGCAUUUAA